AGCCAUCAGGUAGGCUGUGUUGUGUUAUUCCGUACUCCAUCCGCCGCUGAUCUCUCUUCUCCUCGGCCAUCCAGGCUCGGGAACCCUGCGUACUCUGAGCUCCUUCUGCCUCUUGUAAGCCAAGAUGGGCGCGUACAAGUACAUCCAGGAGCUAUGGAGGAAGAAGCAGUCCGACGUCAUGCGCUUUCUCCUCCGGGUGCGCUGCUGGCAGUACCGCCAGCUCUCCGCUCUCCACAGGGCCCCCCGCCCCACCCGGCCCGAUAAGGCGCGCAGGCUGGGAUACAAGGCCAAGCAAGGUUAUGUCAUAUAUCGGAUUCGUGUGCGCCGCGGUGGCCGCAAACGCCCAGUUCCUAAGGGUGCCACCUACGGCAAGCCUGUCCACCAUGGUGUCAACCAGCUAAAGUUUGCUCGAAGCCUUCAGUCUGUUGCCGAGGAGCGAGCUGGACGCCACUGUGGGGCUCUGAGAGUCCUGAAUUCUUACUGGGUUGGUGAAGAUUCUACAUACAAAUUCUUUGAGGUUAUCCUCAUUGAUCCAUUCCAUAAAGCUAUCAGAAGAAAUCCUGACACCCAGUGGAUCACCAAACCAGUCCACAAGCAUAGGGAGAUGCGAGGGCUGACUUCUGCAGGCAGAAAGAGCCGCGGCCUUGGAAAGGGCCACAAGUUCCACCACACUAUUGGUGGUUCCCGCCGUGCAGCUUGGAGAAGGCGCAAUACUCUCCAGCUCCACCGUUACCGCUAAUAAGUAAUGUUUGUAAAAUUCUUACCUAAUAAACAAUUUAGGACAUUCAUGUCUGCUUAAAAGUGUUUUUUAAUUUGUCUGUUAAAACUAGUUGUCUGCAGAUAGUUUCAUUGAAUGCAUUGUCAAAUUCUGAAAGUUAAAAGUGCAAUAAUGUUUGAAGAUCUUAAGUGAUGGUGUAUCUUGUUUCUAAUAAGGGAAAUGCCUUGCUUUUAUUAGGGAGUUGAUAUAUCUGUUUAAAAUGCUGUUUGGAACAAUAGGUGUAAAAUUCUGUAAAAGAGGCAGAAACUAGCCGUGUAGAUUUGUUGGUGCAUGUGAUGAAACCUACAGCUUUAUUGGGGGUGAUGCAAUGCUCUGCUGGUUUACUCUAAAAGUGGCUGAUUUAUGGAGUUUGGCAAGGAGAAACUAAAUUUUGAUUCUCCUUUAAAAUGUGAAGGAUGUCCUGAUCCUUUAUCAUGGUCAUAUGCAGAAAAAUAAUGAAAGUUGAGUGGGGCCCACGUUUCUUAGGCUUGAUCUAAUCUGUUUAUAUAACUGCUGCUUCAAAAGGGAGAAAUGUAAAAGAAUGCAAGCAUUUUUAAGAGAAUUGAAUAAACCUGUUGCGAGAGGAUUCUCUUAAAAAUGAAAGGAAUCCUGGUAAACCUAAACUGCCUUGGCCUCCAUGGUAACCAUUGAAGUUCACAUAAAAGGUGGGGUUUGUGGUUUAAUCCCAUGACUCCGAUCUGUAGCAUACUGCAAAGUAGUCAUGGUAUUUACACUGGUGUACAUUGAAACUGAUGGAAAUUGAACAUUAAAUGAGAUUGGGGUUACUAGCCUUAAGAUUUGUAAGCUAGUAAUGCUAGGGGGAAUUGGUGUCCAUGAGCUAUCUUUCAAAUGUUGGAGGACAGGAAAAAACUUAUAUCAAAAUUUUAAGUGUUUUAUCUGUAGUAUUAGUUUGUGACUAUUAUGAGCUCUCUCUAAGCCACCUGGGGGGGGGGAUAACUGCUAAAUCUAAUCAGUGUUAAAGUUUUCUUUGGUAAAGCCACUAUCCAUUCCCAAAAGGCUACUGAGAAAAGUCAUGUAGUUGAUGUCAAUACAAGUUCAUGGUUUCCAAUCUAACUUUAUGUGUUGUCUACAGUUAUUUUUCUAAUUCCUGUUCAAACUCCCCUUAAGAUCCUCACCAUUCCACACACUAGCCAGGCCAUUAAUUGUGCCCACCUUAGUGUUUGGCAUACCACAACAUCCUGUUGGCAUUUUGUCUUCUAGUGGACUAGGCCUCUGUCUCCCAGGGUGGAUUUGAGUGUGUAGGAAAUAUGGAAGAGGAAUCACCCCAAUUCUGUCCAGUUCUUGGUUUGCUCUCAGUAGGUAAUUUUGAAAUAUAAUGGCUGGUUUCCCUGAACCAUUUUUCUCAUCAUUUCUUCAAGAGUCUUUUAAAAGUCCCAUUUCAAUGGUUUCCAGAAAACAAAGCUUGCAAAACCUCUUGACAUCAAAACUCUUUCCCAAUCAAAGACAAAAAAAAGUGAAGCCAUGUUUUGUGUAGAGGUUCAGGUAUAUAAGAAUAAAUGUCUUACACUAAAA